AUGGCUGUAUUCUUCAUCGUGGCUCUCCUGGCUACGGCUUAUCCUUUAAUGGCUUUUGACAUGGGUCAGUCCACUCGAUGCGUUGCCAUCCCCAACCAGAUGAAGGUCUGCAAAGAUGUAGGAUACUCAGAGAUGCGACUGCCCAACUUCUUGGGCCACAGCAACCUGGAAGGCGAGGUGGUGCCACGUUCCGAGGACUGGAGGCCCUUGUUGCAGACGGGCUGCCACCCUCAAGCCCAGGCCUUCCUCUGCUCCCUCAUUGCCCCUGUCUGUCUUGACACUUUUAUCCAGCCCUGCCGUAGUCUGUGUAUGGCAGUCAGAGACAGCUGUGCCCCAGUGCUUGCCUGCCAGGGUCACCCAUGGCCUGAGGCUCUUGACUGUGACCGUUUCCCUGCUGAAGAGGACAUGUGCCUUUCUCCCCACGCCAAGUUUACUCACUUUGCCAAAGACUUACCUAAACCUGCUUGCCAAAACUGUCCUUCUGUGGAAGAGGCUCCUGCAUUGAAAACAGUCCUCGAUGCUUUUUGCCAGCAUGACUUUGCUGUAACUGCCAAACUUCAUCGUCGCCGCCUACCCAUGGGAGAGCCAGAAUUUGAGGUGGAGGGCCGGGUCGAAUUUAUCCGUCAGGGACCCCUGCUGCCAUAUGACACCCAGCACCUACUCCGGCAGUGGCUCCUCAUCAACCUUCGAUGUGCCAAUGUCUUGGUGCGCCCUGGACGGUCGCAGCUUUAUGUGCUGACUGGUUCUGUGCAGCCUGACGGUACCCUUGCUCUCACCCGUCUCUUCCCCUGGCACAAAAAGGACACAAACAUUGCAGUGGCCACUCGCAAGUGGAAGCACUACAGAUGUUGAAUGGACUCAUACUUAGGUCUAAAAACUAGAGCUCCGAACCAGUGUUUGAAAUGUAGAAUCUCACGAGAUCUUGUGUGAUUCCACACCUAACACGGACAUGGUCGAAGACAAAAUCAAGGAGGAAUUUUGAGACGGAGAGUUUCUUAGCAUUGGGUGUUUAUUAAGAAUUUGUGAAGGAAGCUGAAUGGAUAUAGGAAGAGAGCUGGACUCAGCUGGACAUCGACACCCUUUGCUUCCCUCAGUAGUUCACUUAUCUCAUCUCUGCUCUUACAGCACACAGCAAUAGAAUGCACUCAAACCUGUACAUAAUAUUAAUAAAUGUAAAUUGAUUGUAGAUUC